AUGAGACAUACAAUAAUUUCACUGAAUUUGUGUAUGUUUGCUGUAGAUGGGAUUUCCUCUGAGCAAGGCUGCAGUUAUCAGGAUGUUUUAAACUACUUAAACCUGACCAGAAGCAAUGAGCUGUUUUCCAUGACCCGGCCAGUUAAAAACUACAAAACUCCCACACAUGUCUCCCUGGAAGUUCUGCUCUAUGCCAUUCUAGAUGUGGUUGAAAAAGAGCAGAAAUUCAUCCCUUAUGUUUGGACUGUCGUGAGGUGGAACAAUGAAUAUAUUUCCUGGGAUCCAAAUCAGUUUUGUGGAAUUGAUAAUGUUUCUAUUCCUACUGACAUUUUGUGGAAGCCAGAUCUCACCAUUGAAGAAAUGACCGAGAAGGACAAAGCCCCUCCGAGUCCUUAUCUCACCAUCAGCCAUGAAGGAGAUGUUGAAGUCCAGAAUGACCAGGUGCUGGUGAGCACCUGCAUGAUGCACAUUUAUGAAUUCCCCUUCGACAUUCAGAGCUGCAGCCUCUCCUUCAAGUCUGUCAUACAUAAUGCCAGGGAGAUUAAGCUGUACUCGAGUGAAAACUCUUCGGAAGCUACAGAGUUGUCUCGUGACUUGAUGCGGACCCAGUAUGAGUGGCUUUUCAUCAACAUGACAGUCUCUACUAACCGCGCCAAUAAUUCAGCUGAUCCAGACGUCGUCGUUUUCACUAUAAACAUGAAAAGGAGGCCUAUCAUGUAUAUUGUCAGCUUCCUGCUUCCUGUGCUCUUCUUCUUGUGUCUGGAUUUGGCCUCCUUCAUGAUCUCAGACAGCGGAGGGGAGAAGCUAAGCUUCAAGGUUACUGUGCUGCUUGCUGUCACAGUGCUACAACUUAUCCUCGAAGAAAUUCUUCCUUCCUCAUCUAACAUUGUUCCCCUUAUAGCACUUUACUGCAUUGGGAUCUUUGCUCUGAUGAUGCUCAGCCUCCUGGAGACAAUUUUGGUGAUGUACCUGACUGAGAAAGACUCUCAAGACAAUGAGACAGAUGGAGACCAAAGCCUGAAAAGCUGCAACAAAGAGGAUCACAAAUUGACUCGCGGUGGGUGUCUCCAUGAUGGGUCUGCAAGUGAAAAUCUUUCUGAGCUGCUGCCUAUUUCCAAGGGUAGCAGCAGUAAUCAGAUAGAAGAGAGCCAUACCUUGGAGAGGCUUUCAGAUGAGCUGAAGAAGAUGGAGAAAACAUUAACUUUGCUUUUCAAGACCAAGAAGGAAGUGAGGACGCAAGGGUACUGGACCAAUUGGCGCAGUGCUUUUAUUUGA